AUGAUUAUCAAUGAUAACAGGUUAACUUUCUUGGUGAUUCAUUUAUUCAUAAUUUUUCAGAUUACAAGUGCAGAAUUAUCACGAACGUCCCAAAGUUCAUUCGUAACUAAAUCUGUUUGCAAUGUAGACUCAUGUUUACUAGACGCUGGAAAUAUCUUCAAACCUCAAACGAGUGUUUCAAAAACAGAUUCACUUAAUUACAUUACUCCUUCGGCAACCAAAUCUACCCAAAUAUCUACGUCAACAUCCACAUCGACGUCGACAUCUACAUCUAUAUCAACAGUCCUAUCUACAUUAACUUCAAUAAUUUCCACAACACCCACUGAAUUGAUUUCAACUUUAUCUGAAAGUCCCGUUUCAAGUUCUGAAAAUUUGUUCGCCGAAAUAAGCAAGUCUGACAGUGGUAUAAUAGUGGACGAUUUAAGUAAUGUACACUUUGAGGUCAUCAGUGAGGUAAACUCUACAAAUUCUACAAAUACAACUGAACCGUUUAUACCCAUGCAAAAUUAUACGAACAAGAAUAUUCAGCUGAAUCAAUCUAACGAAACUAUUGAAGAAUGCCACUUUCUAUCAUUCGAAGAAUGGAAACGUCAAAAAGCUGUUGAUAAUAAACAAAUUAAUGAUUCUCAGCCUCAAGCAGAAACCAUAACAAAUGAGUUAGUUCCUACAACUAGCGGUAUAGACAACAGUACCCAAAUACCCGUGCCAUCGGAUGAAGAUCAAGGUAAGAUAUAUAAAGAUCGAUUUAAUUAUGCGUCAGUGGGUUGCGCUGCUACUAUUGUUAAAACAAACUCUCAUGCUAAGGGAGCAUCAGCAAUCUUAGUAGAAAACAAAGAUUCAUACUUAUUGAAUCAGUGUUCUUCUUCACAGAAAUUUGUGGUUAUUGAAUUAUGUCAAGAUAUUCUUGUUGAUACCGUGGUGAUCGGAAAUUUUGAAUUCUUUAGUUCAAACUUUCGUAAAAUACGGAUUUCUGUUUCAGAUAGGUUUCCUGUUGGAUCUUCUGGGAUGAAAGUCUUAGGUGAAUUUGAAGCAGAGAAUAUACGAGAUGUUCAGUCUUUCAAUAUCGAAAAUCCACUUAUUUGGGCGAGGUAUUUAAAAUUAGAAAUUUUGAGUCAUUAUGGAGAUGAAUUUUAUUGUCCUAUAUCACUCAUUAGAGUUUAUGGAAAAACAAUGAUGGAAGAAUUUAAGAUGGCGGAAGGGCAUGAAUCUUUCAUUGGUGGAGAACCCGAAAUUAAGAAUGAGGAAUUAGUAAUAAAUAAUUCUAUGAAAGACAUUUCAAAUUUCACAGGUAUUAAUAUUCAGAACGAGGAAUGUAGAGUGGCUUUACCUCAUUUAGGAUUGACUGAAUUUUUAAAAGAUAUCAAUUCGACAGCUAGUGAUUACUGUGAUGCAAUGUAUCCAUUAAUAAAUGAACCCGAAACUACACAAACAAUAGAAACUAAAACGACCCAGGAAUCAAUCUAUAAAAAUAUAAUGAAAAGAUUAUCUCUUCUAGAAUCAAAUGCUAGUUUGUCAUUACUAUAUAUUGAAGAGCAAAGUAAAUUACUUUCCCAAGCCUUUACCAAUUUAGAAAAGCGACAGUCGUCAAAUUUUGAAUCAUUAAUUAAUUCAUUUAAUGACACCAUGCAUAACCAGAUAUCGUAUUUCAAGAACGCAUAUUUUAGUAUUCAGGUUGAGGCAUCCAAAUUAUUCAAGGCCCAAGAAUAUAAUCAUCAAAGUUUGCUAGAAGAAUCACGUCAGAAAAUGACAAUAUUAGGAAAUCAGUUAAAGUUUCAAAAAAGACUUUCAAUUUUGAAUACUAUGAUUAUCAUCUGUAUUUUAUCAUACGUUGUACUCACUAGAGAUGUUUACAUAGAAGAUCACAUGGAUGAUCAUUUCCAACAGCAACUUCGAGCUUCGCAGAAUACCUCUGGUUAUUCAAAUCUACUUAAUAAAUACAAGAGGAAAACUUCUAAGCGAAAUAACAAAACUAAAAGAAGGAAGCAUAAAUUUACGAGUUAA